AUGGUUACCCUCUCUUCAUCCCCAUCAUCGUUAUCCACACCUAACCUUUUCUUUCAUUCUAGCUACUGCAUUUUCCAUAAUCCACCAAACAAAGCCCCAUACCUCUCUCUGCUCUGCAAUUCUUUUUUCAUAUAAUAUUUCCUUUGAUUUCUUUUUCUCACAAGUCUUGCCUUCAAAUUCAUCCAAUUUUCAUAUCUUUUCUUUGUUCUAUAUAUUUCUCUUGGCAUAAGUCGGCUUCUUCUUUACCUUCUGUUGGAACUUGGAAGUGGAACCAUAUUGCGAGCGAUGCAGGGUGGUUCUACUGAUGGAUCGAUGUCAACGGUGUCAAAGGAAGAUAAUUUGUUCAUUUCAUCUGAGGAUUCUUCGUGCCCAGACGAGUCUGAGCUUGAAUUGGGUCUUGGGCUAAGCCUUUCUCGUCGUCCUGGGGUGAAGUCCCGACCAACUUCCACGAAUCAACAUGCUAGAAUAUUAACCGCUAAAGAUUUUCUUUCUAUGGCUUCUUCGCAUGCUGCAGCUUCAUUGGCCUCAUCAACAUCCUCCCCAUCUUCUUCCUCUUCCUCUCCUUCCUCAGUGACCAGGCCUAAUGUCACUGCUGGUACCAAGAGAACUUCUGAUUCUGUUGUUGCUACUAAUGGCCUCAGUCAGGUUGUAGGAUGGCCUCCCCUUGGAGCAUAUCGGAUGAAUAGCUUUAACAAUCAUGCAAAGUCACCAGCGGGCACUAAAGUGUUCAACUCAGUGGUUGAGAAAAGUAAGAACAAUGAAACAGAGGCGAGGAAAAAUACUGAUAACGGCAUCAAUAAAAGUGAUGUCAGUGCCAAAGGUGAAGGGAACCUCAAGAGUUCCCGGUUUGUGAAGGUAAAUAUGGAUGGGUUACUGAUUGGAAGGAAGGUUGAUUUGAGUGCUCAUAAUUCCUAUGAAAGCUUGGCACUUACUUUGGAGGAGAUGUUCGAUGAACAUUUUGCGGCUGUCAAUAGUAAAAUAGGAUCAACUGGGGAAGAACAUGGCGCUGUAGUUGGAUCAGAAAGAAGGUCAAAAUUGCUGGAUGCAUCUUCCAAGUUUGCACUGACUUAUGAAGACAAGGAUGGAGACUGGAUGCUAGUUGGAGACGUACCUUGGGGGAUGUUUCUAAGCUGUGUGAGGAGGCUAAAAAUCAUGAGAACAUCUGAGGCUAAGGGACUUGCACCAAUGUGUGAAGGUAAGAACAGCAGACAGAGAAGUUAGCACACAUGCAUAGAGCUUUUGGGGGGCUUCAGUAGAUAAAGAAGAGAAGGAAUAAGAAAAGAAAUACUGGAUUUUUUAGAUUGAAUAUAAUCACAUUCACGCCACGUUUUCUGUUUUGUUUUGUUUCUAACUUGAUGUUUGUUUGAUUGUUGUUUAUUUGUGACUGAGCCUCCUUAAAACUGAGCACAGUUUAUUGAAGUCUACUUGGCUUCUUAAUUGAAAUGACGGUGGCGGAUGCUGUUUUGGCGAGGUA